GAGAAGUCUUAUUGUAUUGUGGAACUCAUCAUGACAAGGCUCUUCGUUUUAUAGGCGUGGAUUGUUCAAUUGUUGAAUUCCACUGUUACACGGGGGCACCUUGAAAUAAAGGGGUAAAUGACUGGAUCGGUCGUUGCUCAAAUAACCGAUUAGUCAGCACUACCACCUUUGCCGUCAGCUACCUAAUCUUCAAUCAUAUGCACCGACAAUGGUACAAAUGGUCGCUACUCUAGAUUCGACAAUAUGACACGGUGUUAACAGCAUUUAUGUUGACGACACGCUCGUAACAUGGCCCUAAGUUAAGCUGUCAUACUGGCCGAUGAAUCCAAGUAAGCGAUAAUGCCAGAGUUCGAGUUUGUUCACGUGGGUCGGCCCGGUGAUGAGAAGAAGCAAUCUACAAAGAUUCGCCGCCAUGUGAUGAAGGACAUAGGCAGGUCUCGGCGAAAACCAAAAUUAUGUAGCAAAAUGGCUACAGUAAAGCCUGUGCCAAUGGGAACUGCUCCUAGUUCCGAUAGCGAGUGUCAGGUUGAGCGGACUUUGGUGCCAAGCCCGCUGAAUGAGUCUAGAUUGAAGAGCAUCGUGUUUCCAACCGAUAUGGAUGAGGAGCGGCGAAAUCUAGCGAGGUACGUGUUCGCAGAAGCACGCAGUUCAUAUAUCCCCUUUCUCCUCCCCUGGCUGUCCAUCGGGUUAGCUGAUGCAGCCGCAUGGUACAUCACACUCGCCAGCACUAGAAAUCUAAAGCUGGGAAAGGCAAACCUCAAACUCGGUACUGAUACCGAAACCAUGAAAUGGUACACUUUGUCUUUGCAGUCAGUUUCAAAACGUUUGGCAGACCCGAGUGAGAGAGGUAAAGAGGGGCUGCUAGGUGCUAUUACCGGCAUCAUAUGCUAUGAAACCUCAACUGGCAACUUUUCGCGGCAGGCAAUCCAUUUACAAGGUCUCAAGCAACUUAUCGAUGACAUGGGAGGGAUCAAUACGAUCACGAACCCCAUGCUUCGACUCAUCAUAUCAUGGUAUGACCUCACUGGAGCAGCUUAUCGCAACACUCUUCCUCUUUUCGAAGUACCCAAGGGCUCGAUUACUGAGAUCGACACGAGGAACGACAGCAUAUACUUCAAAAUGCUGCUAGAUUCUUGGGAUAGACACUGUCCUUACCUCGGCGAUAUCCAGGGCGCUUUGCUAGCAACGGCGGCUGUCGCUAGCUACGUCAAUAUGCGAUGCCGGGAUGCCAGUUUCUGGAAGGAGGAUACGACGGCAGCACAACUUAUAAUUCCAGCUCUCCAUGCUGUUCUUAGCCUCGAGGGCCGUUUGCUCCCCAGUGACCCGUCUGACCCGACGUUUUCGGGCAUCGCGGCGCGAGAGGCCUUUAGGAGGAGUUCGCUCAUCUUCCUCGCGUCGCUCAAGGUCAAGUUUGGCGUGGCGAGUGCGGAACUGAACCGACAUCUCAAGGAUUUCCAGGAAAUAUCACGAAUUCCACACGUGGACUGGACCGUUGUCCCCGAGCUCAAUCUCUGGGCCCACGCAAUCGUAGCCUUGGAAGCUGAAGGCGAGCAGCGGAGUUGGCAUGUCUCAGUGAUCGUUAAUAUGAUGGAGGGUGCGGGCUUCACGUCCAGUCAGCAAGCUAUGGAUGUAGUUAGGGGCAUUAUCUGGAUCGAAGCUCUGUUUGUGGACAAAGUCGAGUCGCUCUGCCGCGAUCUUGAUAGUCUGUUAGCUCCCAGAACAGUUCACCAGUCGUCGAUGAUACCUAUAGAUCCUCAACUUGUUGACAGUUUUGAGCACCUCCAGCCGCGAGACCCUGGAAUGGGACACCUUUGAGUGGUCAACAAUAGCCCGUGCUGCAUCUUGAAUUGUACAAACUAAUUUACUCUUGGCAUCCAUCACGUCGGCAUUCUUUAGUCCUUCUGAAUCCUUAUUUCUACUUCGGCCUUCUUGAUGUGAUGAGCCUGCCAUAGGGUCAUUGUUGGAGUUCAAGGGGCACCUAGUAUGGGUUCUAUUUGACAAUACUUAUCUUAGUUAAGGUCACACAAGGUCACUAUAAGAAUGGCAGAUGACUGAAUGAAGCUAUUCCCAUCACAACAAUCUGCCAGGACUGCAAAGGUCCUUGACCAUCCAAUUCCUUCCUAGUCGCAGUGGCUUGACUUUGACUCCAUACAAUUAGACUGUCUGUCCUGAGCGCCUAGGUGAAAUUGGUCUGUUUCACGAAGCAAGGACUGUACUGUAUAACCUCACUUUCCAUAAUUGACUGCAUGUGUCAUGUAUGUAAUUAAGAGGACCUUUGCGCUGCAUGCGUCCGUAGCUGUGUGCGCGUGUAAAAAUUACGACGCGAGGAACAUAUGAGUUGCGAAACUACAUUGCAUCAUAUAUCUUUAAUAUAAAUGCGGGAAACCAACAGUGAAUGAUGCUUCGCUCUUCAGCUGUGGAGUUCCUACAGUCACGGC